UUCUACGUUUGAUUGUGGUCUGCAUAAAUAUAUGGUUUAAAGCGGCCGUGAUAACGGGGUAUAAGAGUCUGAAUAACCUUGGAUCAUCUUAGUUUAUUGUUUUGUAUCAGAUCGGAUUUGUGCUUGGCGAAAAUGCAAAAGUGGCUUGUGGAAGUUUGUUUUUUAUGCCUUGUUUAUGACUGGGUGAUGUGUUCUACAUCAACAAUUUCUACAACCCUCGCGACAAAAGAUCCCCAAAUAACGCCUGCCGAAAGCCUAAUUAUCAACGAAACUGACCUAAUUAAAACAAACACAUUGCCGGAAACGACACAGACUGAUCACGUGACACAAACUACAGUCGAACCUGAUCCCAAUGAACCCAAUUGUCCGGUUUUAAAACCCAGCAUGGGUACUUUGAGUCAGGACCAAUUGACAACAAUUUUAACAAAUCCUUGUCGGUAUGACAAGCUUAGUAAACCCCCGACUGAGGGGCCCUUGCCUGUUUAUAUGCAAAUUGACUUGACUCAUAUAGAGUCGGCCGAUCAAUUACAAUUUAAAGCCCAUAUGUUGGUACAAUACUUGUACAAAGACUUGAGAUUGAGAUAUCAGGAUGUUUUCCCUCAUCGUGGAGAUUUAAUCGGGGAGGAACUCCUCAGAAGUAAGAUAUGGGUACCCCAUGUCAUGGUACGUAAUGAACGCGAUACCAAAGUCAUGGGUAUUGAUGGUAAAGACGUAUUUGUUUUAAUUAAACCAUCAGGGGAUGUGGUUUAUUCGUACAGAAUGACAGCAACUUUUUACUGCUGGAUGAAUCUACAAAAAUUUCCUUUUGAUACACAAGAUUGUUACUUGAGAUGGGAUAGCUGGACAUACAACACUACUAACUUAAUUCUACACUGGGAUAGAGACAAUCCCGUCAAAAUCGCAAAAAACUUACAUUUGACUGAGUUUGUUCUCAGUGGGAGUGUACCAGAGGAAACGGUGGUACCAGCAUCAUUUAAUAAUGGAGCUUUUGUUGGCAACUUCAGCGAACUAGUUUUCAAAUUCACACUAAAGCGCGAAGUUGGCUAUUACGUGAUGGAUUAUUUUUUGCCGUCAAUUCUUCUCGUUUGUACUUCUUGGGUGACUUUUUGGCUCCAAGCCGACGCAUCAGCCCCACGUGUCACUUUAGGUACUUCUACAAUGUUAGCUUUCAUCACCCUUAAUGGCGGCAUUAAUAAAAACCUACCGAAAGUGUCAUAUAUCAAAGCAAGCGAGAUUUGGUUCCUCGCUUGCGCUUGUUUUAUAUUUUGUUCCAUGGCCGAAUUUGCUUUUGUUAAUGUUAUUUGGAGACGCAAGAAAAAAGUGGAAUUGAAGGAACGUAGCGGUAAACACAUCCUAAAAGGUGCACUCACACCAAGUCUGGCAAGAAAACAAUUGCGAAAAGCUGAAUCUGUCAAUAGUCUUUACAAGACCCAAUCAUGCACUAGUUUGAACGGAAGCGAAAACGGAAGUAAAGAAUCACACAACAAUUAUUUGACAGUUCAUAGUUUUCCCGCCCAAAUGAAGGUACCAACUAUCACAACACAAAGCAACGAUGACUUGAUCGGGGGUGAAGACAGUGUUACCACUAUACCAGUCCCGGAUACCACUAGAAACAAACCUCAAACGCAAGCGUGGCACACUAUGACGCCCCACGAAGUGGCCAAUUGGAUUGACAGGAAGUCAAGAAUUGUGUUUCCGCUCGGUUUUCUUAUUUUUAAUAUUAUGUAUUGGACUUUUGUUUACAUUUUGUAAAACUAAGGUCUCAUUUAUGUACUAUUCUAGUCUUUUUAUCCAUCUGUCACACCUUUAUUUAUUGCUUUUUCAAUAAAAAGUUUUUUCAA